AGCCAAUCUCUCCCAGGAAAAAAAAAAAUCCCAAACUAAUUUCCCAGUGUCAGGAAAACGCGGACGGAGGUCCUCCGUUCAAUGCUGCAUCCUUGAUUUCAUCCCUCGCCACCCAGGAGAGGCAAGGAGUAGAGAGCAGAGCAGAACCCAGAAGAACCGAGGAGGGAUGGAGCGGGACAUAGGGAGCGGUUCCAGCAAGCUUCCUCUGACCAGCAGGAAAAAAGCAGAGAGCUGCUGAGCGGCAUAUGCCGCCAAUCCAUGUGGUGUGGGAGCGUCUUGUUGUCGUCCCACAGUAACCUGUCAGUGCUGCGGCCCUGAAGGAAUGUCCCCUAUUGUUAAGAACCCUGACUGUUUCACACCAAUGAUUUGCCACUGCAAAGUUGCCUGCACCAACAACACGUUGUCGUUGAUGUUUGGAUGCAAGAAGUAUCGCUAUCAAGAUGAAGAUGUUCCACAUGAUCAUACUUUACCUCGUCUAACCCAUGAAGUAAGAGGACCUGAACUUGUUCAUGUGUCUGAGAAGAAUCUGUCACAAAUAGAAAAUGUGCAUGGAUAUGUCUUACAAUCCCACAUUUCACCGCUGAAGGCCAGCCCUGCUCCUAUUAUUGUCAACACAGAUACUUUGGAUACUAUUCCUUAUGUCAAUGGAACAGAAAUUGAAUACGAAUUUGAAGAAAUCACUUUGGAGAGGGGCAAUUCUGGGCUGGGAUUCAGCAUUGCUGGAGGUACAGAUAAUCCCCACAUUGGAGAUGAUCCUGGAAUAUUUAUUACGAAGAUUAUACCAGGAGGAGCUGCAGCAGAGGAUGGCAGACUCAGGGUCAAUGACUGUAUCUUACGGGUAAAUGAAGUGGAUGUCUCAGAAGUCUCCCAUAGUAAAGCAGUGGAAGCACUAAAGGAGGCAGGUUCGAUAGUCCGACUGUAUGUCCGCCGAAGGAGGCCUAUUUUGGAGACAGUUGUAGAAAUCAAACUUUUCAAAGGUCCUAAAGGUCUAGGCUUCAGUAUUGCAGGAGGUGUGGGCAAUCAACACAUCCCUGGAGACAACAGUAUUUACGUUACUAAAAUUAUAGAUGGAGGCGCAGCACAGAAAGAUGGACGUUUGCAAGUAGGAGACAGACUACUAAUGGUAAAUAACUACAGUCUAGAAGAAGUAACACAUGAAGAAGCUGUAGCUAUAUUGAAGAACACUUCAGAUGUAGUUUAUCUAAAAGUUGGCAAACCAACCACCAUUUAUAUGACAGAUCCUUAUGGCCCACCUGAUAUUACUCACUCUUAUUCUCCACCAAUGGAAAAUCACAUUCUCUCUGGCAACAAUGGCACUUUAGAGUACAAAUCUUCCCUACCGCCCAUCUCACCUGGAAGGUACUCACCAAUUCCAAAGCACAUGCUUGUUGAGGACGAUUACACCAGGCCUCCUGAACCCGUUUACAGCACUGUGAACAAACUCUGUGAGAAACCUUCUUCUCCCCGGCAUUAUUCCCCUGUGGAGUGUGACAAAAGCUUCCUUCUCACAUCUCCCUACCCCCAUUACCACAUGGGCCUCCUCCCAGAUACAGAGAUCACCAGUCAUUCUCAGCUUGGCACUACGACUCGCCAGCCUUCAAUGACACUGCAGCGAGCCAUCUCCCUGGAGGGUGAGCCUCGAAAAGUCGUCCUACACAAAGGCUCCACAGGGCUGGGCUUUAACAUUGUGGGCGGAGAAGAUGGAGAAGGUAUCUUCGUAUCCUUUAUUCUAGCUGGAGGACCAGCAGACCUGAGUGGGGAGCUCCAGAGAGGAGACCAGAUUCUUUCCGUGAAUGGCAUUGACCUUCGCGGAGCUUCCCACGAGCAGGCUGCGGCAGCCCUAAAGGGGGCAGGACAGACGGUGACCAUCAUAGCACAAUACCAACCUGAAGAUUACGCUAGAUUCGAGGCAAAAAUCCAUGACCUACGCGAGCAGAUGAUGAACCACAGCAUGAGUUCUGGGUCCGGCUCCCUGAGAACCAAUCAGAAACGCUCACUCUAUGUCAGAGCCAUGUUUGAUUAUGACAAGAGCAAAGAUAGUGGACUCCCAAGUCAAGGACUCAGCUUUAAAUAUGGUGACAUUCUUCAUGUUAUCAAUGCUUCUGAUGAUGAGUGGUGGCAAGCCCGAAGAGUAACUCUGGAGGGAGACAGUGAGGAGAUGGGUGUCAUCCCCAGCAAAAGGAGAGUGGAAAGAAAGGAACGUGCUCGAUUGAAGACGGUGAAGUUUAAUGCAAAGCCUGGUGUGAUCGAUGCCAAAGGGUCAUUCAAUGACAAGCGUAAAAAGAGCUUCAUCUUUUCACGAAAAUUCCCAUUCUACAAGAGCAAGGAGCAGAGUGAGCAGGAAACCAGUGAUCCAGAACGAGGACAAGAGGAUCUCAUUCUUUCUUAUGAGCCUGUGACAAGGCAGGAAAUUAAUUAUACUAGGCCAGUUAUUAUUCUGGGUCCUAUGAAGGACCGGAUCAAUGAUGACUUGAUAUCAGAAUUCCCUGACAAAUUUGGCUCCUGUGUACCUCAUACCACAAGGCCAAAGCGUGACUAUGAGGUGGAUGGCAGAGACUAUCAUUUUGUCAUUUCAAGAGAGCAAAUGGAAAAAGAUAUACAAGAGCAUAAGUUUAUAGAGGCCGGACAGUACAAUGAUAAUUUAUAUGGAACCAGCGUUCAGUCUGUGCGAUUCGUUGCAGAGAGGGGCAAACACUGCAUACUUGAUGUAUCAGGAAAUGCUAUCAAGCGGUUACAGGUCGCACAACUCUAUCCCAUUGCCAUCUUCAUUAAGCCGAAGUCAUUGGAGCCAUUGAUGGAGAUGAAUAAGCGUCUCACAGAGGAACAAGCCAAGAAAACCUAUGACCGAGCUAUCAAGUUAGAGCAAGAAUUUGGAGAGUAUUUUACAGCUAUUGUUCAAGGCGAAACCUUAGAAGAUAUAUAUAACCAAUGCAAACUCGUUAUCGAAGAACAAUCCGGCCCUUUCAUCUGGAUCCCUUCCAAGGAGAAGUUAUAAAUUAGCUGCUGCACCUCUGAUGAUGACAGAAGAGUAUUUAGAAGAAAAAAAAUAUAUAAUAUACUACGUGGAGGCUUUUAUGUUUUUGUUGCAUUUAUGUUCUUGCAGUCAAUGUGAAUUUUAUGAAUGUACAACACAACGUGUGUGAAGCCAUGAAGGAAACUGAGGGGCCAAAGGGUAGAAACUCAAGGACUUUUGCCGUAUGUGGGAAAGACGUUAUGUGCUCAAAGUGCCAGGUGUAGGUAUGGAUUUCUGAUGGGGCUCUCUGUCCAGAGGUUCGAGCCGCCUCCUCGACUCGACGGGCACCCCAACCUGUUGUAAUGGCUGAGUUCUGUGUGUUGAUUGCUUUAAAGAAAAGUUCCCAGCUCUUGAACCUCACCAAGCUUGUCAUUGCACAUCUGUAAUUGGUACACAUGGAAUUUUGUAACUAUGCACAUCCCUUGAUUUCUUAGAAAAAAGAGACAAUGAUUUUAAAAAAUAUAUAAGAAAGAAAGAUAAUGGUUUCCUUCAGAGACACCAUUGUGUCAGAAAGUGAUGACCAUAGAGUUGUUUUCACUAGUACCUGCAAAGGAAAACAUUCCAUGAAAUUGGCGAGUGAACGGAGCAUUUACCUGAUUGAUGGUGGGGGAAGGGGGGGUUCCAUCUGGGAAUAGCUUUAUGAUUUUUGAUUGUCUAUUUUACCAUUUAUAUACUGAAAGAAGGCACUUAAAGAUGGAAUAAUUUAUAAAAUAAAAUUAUAUUAAAUGUAUAGAAACUAAUUUAUAUAGGUGAAAAAUGUUUUUGUGAGAUAUUUUGUAAAGGCUUAAUUAAUGGAAAGGCAUAGUUUAUUACACCCUCAGAAGACUGUCAGAAUUAGAGAACCUAAAAGUUGCACUAGUCUUUCGGUUGUUGAUGAUUUUUAAGCAACCACUUAAUUUCUUUAAAAGUCAGACCCCUCUCCUCCUUCCUAAGUUUCCUCCCAUGUCAGAAAGAUGUGAAAUUGUGGAAGAAGCCCUGGAUUUGGAAUCAAAGACAUCUGAAUUCCAAUCCCAGCUCUGUUGCUUAUUAUCUGUGUAACACUGGGCAAGACACUUCUCCUCUGGUCCUCGGUUUCCAGAUCUGUAAAAGGAGGAGAUGGCCUAUCUGAUCAGUGCUCUUUCCAGCACUAAAUCCCAUAAUUUCCUAUUGGCUCCUUACAAUAAAUUCCUACAGAACACCGUCCUCUAAUGAAUUGGCCUCUAGGCUCUUUUUGAGACGCGGUUAAGAUAAUGCAGCUUUAAGCUGAUGGUUCUUUAGAGGACAAAUUAAUUGCAGUGACUUAAAGAAUAAUGUAGGUGUUUCUUUAAGGAGUCCUAAUUGUGAGCAUUGGACAGCUCUUUCCCAGCUUCCCUCCUAGAAUGCUCAAAGGCUGAGCCGAUGUUUUGGUACAACUCUAGCUGACCCGUAAAACUUCUUUCCACUUCCUUCACCGAGGGUUUGGGAAUAGACAGCUGGGGUCAAUAUGUACCUUUGGGGGACUUUAUCACAGAUCUGCUGAAUGUCUUGGAGGAUAAGAAGGGAAGUGUCUGUCUUGGGAGCUACAGUAGCGCUUGGCUGGAUAGUUCCUUGCUAGUCAGAGACCACGCCAUGAAAGGUUGUUCCAGGAUUCUGAGGUGAACUUCCCUCACAGCCUUGCACAGGGAUGUACCUGGAUCAAGUAGAAAAGAAGGGAGAUAGGCCCCCCACACCCCCAAUCUCACUAGUAAACUGAACCAAGAAACUAAGGUCAGCACUAACUAGUUGUUCUUUCACAUCAAAGCUUUUUCACCCAGUUGUUUAGGGAGAAAAGUCUUGAGUAACCUUGAUUGGAACUGACUAUGGAUUCUCUCUGUGCAGAGGUCAAGCCCCACAGCCUUAUCUCGGUGGCAUCCAGACCUGGCA